CUUCCUCUGCGCUGCGUGGUGUGUCGGGCGAAGAUCCUCCGUCUCCGGCAGGCCAAGGACGUGCCCUUCCCGACCUCCGUGUCCCAGUAUUCCAUGGCCGCCGUCGCCGCCUCCACCAGGUGUAUGCCGCAGUCCUCGUCCCUCUACUCCUUCGGCUCGGGGUCGUCGGGGAUCUCAGGUCUAUCGAACGUGAGCAGCGCCAGCUCGAGCAGCGGAGGCUCGUACCGCAGUCUGGGUCGGGGCAAGCUCGGCCGUCCCUCGUCCUUGUACUCGAAUAAGCGACUCCCUCAGUCCAAGAAGGUCUCGAGCAAGAGCGGAGCACGAAGUAAGGAGCCCUUGAAGGGGGGACUUCCGCAAAUCAGAAUUGAUGAAUACCAAGAACCUCCAUGUCGCCCCCCGCCUAGUUGCCGUCCGCAUCGGGUUCACAUUAGAGAGAACAAGGUGGCUCCUCAGCCCGAGACUGUCUUGGAGAGAGUGAGAAGGAAGGUACAAUUCAGUCAGCUGGGCGCGAUACAACGCCGGCAAGAGAGUAUGGAGGUUCUGGGAAGGCUGCCGACGAUCAAAGAGUACACGGAAUUCAUCACAGAGAAGGAACUCGAGAAAGAAAAAUCUUCUUCAACAAGAAUAAGGUGUGCGCAAAAGCUGGUGAGUCAAGUCGAGCACCAUCAUGGCGUCCCCCCUCGGGUUCGCAGCCCACGGGCGUCGUCCUCGUCGCCCUCUCCUUCUCCAUCCAGGUCCCCUGCUGCCGCUGCUGCAGCAGUUGCAGCAACAGCGGUGGUGGCGGCAGCAGGAGGCAGCGGUGCUUCCGUGAGUGGCCUCCAUGCUCGGGCUCUUUCAAGAUCCCCGUCAGCCUCUCCUUCGGGAGCCUCCAGCACCAAGAGCACGCCCGACCGGAAGUCCUACGCUGGGAUGGUUCGCCGCGAGUCAACGGGCUCGGCUGCCUCACUCAAGAGCAACAUCUCCCUCCUUAGCAACGCCUCCAUUAGAAGUAGUGCCUCCACACACAGCAACGCAUCUUACAAGAGCGCCGUCUCGGGCAAGAGCGGCGCGUCCAUGAAGAGCAGCGCUUCCCUCAUCAGCAGUUCCUCUAUGAAAAGCGCCGUGUCCCUCAAGAGCAGCGCCUCGGUCAAGAGCGGGAUGUCGAGCAAGAGCGGCAUAUCCAGCAAGAGCUCGGCCUCGACCCGAAGCACCACGUCCACCAAGAGCACGACCUCGGGGAAGAGCACGGGUACCAUAAAGUCCAACAAGUCCAGCAAGUCGAUUAUCUCCACGAAGAAGGAACCAGAAGGGAAAGGUGUCAGAAGAAAGGAAUCGUGUGAUAAGAAGGCAGACAGUGAUAAGAGAGUGAAGCAGUCAAAGGGUGAAAGUAAAAUCAAGGCGCUCAAGAAAAGAUUUGAGGGCAAAGAAUACCAUAGACUGCAGUGACAGUAUAAGAGAGAGA